GGGCGGGUCCCAAUGGCGGAAGGGGGCGUGGCCUGGCGGGAGCUCGGCGGCGGGGCCUGCUCGGCCCGAGCGGGAACCGGCACCGGGCUCGGCUUCGGGAGCGGCACCGGGGCCCCGCACGGAGCGCUCCGCGACCGGCAGGCAGCGGCAGGAGACUCUGAGCCUGGAGUAACUGCUGCCCCCCAGAGAAGGAGGGUCAUCCCCUGGCUCUUGCGGGCUCUGGGGCUCCGAGUGCCCCACGGAGGUAGCCGUGGCCUCACUUCACUCCACCUCGUGCUGCAGACACUGCUCACUUCAACCACAGCGCUGUGCUUGACCUGGAUUAUCAGCAACAGCAAAACCUCUCAGGCUGUGGCCGAGGAGGGAAGAGGGAACCCAGAGGAGGUUUUCAGGAACUCCCUGAGAGGAAGCCACAGAGGGUGGCAGGAGGAGAGCCCGGAGUGGGGCUGUGUCUCCCUCCCACAGGCAGCUGUGGCCUCUCACCUGCUCAGCCCGUUGAUGCAGCCACAAGAAGCCGCGGUCGGAGCCACCAGGGCCCGGCAGGAGCCACGGGAGCCCAGCCUGUCCCCGCCCAGCUCUGGCUGAGGUGGAGCAGGGCGGCCGUGCGGGUGUGCAGGCAGCCUGCUGGAGAGGGGACAGCGCCCCGAGGACAGCCAUGGAGAAGAUGGCCAGGGUCACCACCGCCCUGGGGGGCAACGCGCUGACCGGCCGCACCAUGUUCUGCCACCUGGACGCCCCUGCCAACGCCAUCAGCGUGUGCCGGGACGCCGCCCAGGUGGUGGUGGCCGGCCGCAACAUCUUCAAGAUCUACUCCAUCGAGGAGGAGCAGUUUGUGGAGAAGCUGAACCUCCGCGUGGGCCGCAAGCCCUCCCUGAACUUCAGCUGCGCCGACGUGGUGUGGCACCAGAUGGACGAGAACCUGCUGGCCACCGCCGCCACCAACGGCGUGGUGGUCACCUGGAACCUGGGCAAGCCGUCGCGCAACAAGCAGGACCAGCUGUUCACGGAGCACAAGCGCACUGUCAACAAGGUGUGCUUCCACCCCACCGAGGUGUACAUGCUGCUCAGCGGCUCCCAGGACGGCUACAUGAAGUGCUUCGACCUGCGCAAGAAGGACUCCGUCAGCACCUUCUCUGGCCAGUCGGAGAGCGUGCGUGAUGUGCAGUUCAGCAUCCGGGACUAUUUCACCUUCGCCGCCACCUUCGAGAACGGGAACGUGCAGCUGUGGGACAUCCGCCGGCCCGACCGCUACGAGAGGAUGUUCACAGCCCACAACGGGCCCGUCUUCUGCUGCGACUGGCACCCCGAGGACAGGGGCUGGCUGGCCACAGGUGGCCGUGACAAGAUGGUGAAGGUGUGGGACAUGAACACGACGCGGGCCAAGGAGAUCUACUGCGUGCAGACCAUCGCCUCGGUGGCGCGGGUGAAGUGGCGCCCCGAGUGCAAGCACCACAUCGCCACCUGCUCCAUGAUGGUGGACCACAACAUCUACGUGUGGGACGUGCGCCGCCCCUUCAUCCCCUCCGCCAUGUUCGAGGAGCACAAGGACGUCACCACGGGCAUCGUGUGGCGGCACCUGCACGACCCCUACUUCCUCCUGUCGGGCUCCAAGGACAGCACCCUUUACCAGCACAUCUUCAAGGACGCCAGCCAGCCCAUCGAGCGGGCCAACCCCGAGGGGCUGUGCUACAGCCUCUACGGAGACCUGGCCUUCGCCGCCAAGGAGAGCCUCAUCUCCUCCGACUCCAACCGCAAGCCCUACAUCGGCGACCGGCGCCACCCCAUCUUCUUCAAGCGCAAGCUGGACCCCACGGAGCAGUUUGAGUACAUCUCGUCCUGCAGCGCCCUCAGCGUGUUCGAGACGGACGUGGAGAGCGGCAGCAUGGACUGGUUCGUGCACACGGCCAAGCAGUACGCGCUGGCCGGCCGGCCGCUGGCCGAGCUCUGCGACCACAACGCCAAGGUGGCCAAGGGGCUGGAGCGCAACCAGGUGGCGCAGACGUGGACGAUGCUGAGGAUCAUCUACUCCAGCCUCGGCACCGUGUCGUCCGCCAACCUCAACCACAGCAUGGGCAAAGGCAGCACUGCCCUCCCACUCAUGAACAGCUUUAACCUGAAAGAUAUCCCUGCUGGGCUGGGCAGCGAGUCCAGACUGGACCGCAGCAAAGGAGAAAGCCGCCCAGAGAACAUCCUCAUGGAUUCCUCCUCCACCCUGAUCAACAACGAGGACAACGAGGAGACGGAGGGCAGCGACGUCCCUGCGGAUUACCUGCUGGGGGACGUGGAGGCAGACGAGGACGACCUGUACAUGAUGGACCACGAGAACCCGCACGCUGAAGAGCAGGAGUACAGCCUUCCCCAGGAAGCCUUCCCCCUGCGCCACGAAAUCGUGGACAACCCGUCGGCCUUGGACCACCUGCAGGACAAGGCCGACUCCCCUCACGUCAGCGGCAACGAGGCCGAGACGGUGUCGCUGACGCCCGUGGAGUCCUUCUCGCUCAUCUCCAUCUCCCACUCUCUGUACGAGAACCGCCUGCCCUCCGACUUCUUCAACCCCAUCGUGCGGGACACGCUGCUCUUCUACGCCGAGCAGGGCGACGUGCAGACGGCCGUGUCCGUGCUCAUCGUGCUGGGAGAGCGCAUCCGCAAGGAGAUCGAUGAGCAGACGCAGGGCUGGAGUCCUGAGGGGGUUUCAGGUGGAUGCGGAGGCUCAGCUGCCUGUGGCUGUCCCCAGGAGCACUGGUACACGUCCUACAUCGACCUGCUGCAGCGCUUCCAGCUCUGGAACAUCUCCAACGAGGUGAUCAAGCUGAGCACCUGCCGUGCCAUCAACUGCCUCAACCAGGCUUCCACCACCCUGCACGUCAACUGCAGCAACUGCAAGCGGCCCAUGAGCAACAGGGGCUGGAUCUGUGACAGGUGUCGGCAGUGUGCCAGCAUGUGUGCCGUGUGUCACCACGUGGUGAAGGGGCUCUUCGUCUGGUGCCAGGGCUGCAGCCAUGGUGGCCACCUGCAGCACAUCAUGAAGUGGCUGGAGACCAGCUCCCACUGCCCCGCUGGCUGCGGCCACCUCUGCGAGUACACCUGAGCCCCCCGAGCACACCUGAGCCCCCCGAAGACACCUGAGCCCUGCCCCUGCAGGGCAGCUGGCAGCGGGGUGGGCAGGGGGGAGCGGGGCAGGCAGCGUGCCCUGCCCCAUGCCCCUGGCACCGCCCUCCGUGUAUUUAUUUGUGUAAAUAAGGCCUGGGGGGCACCCCAGCCGUUUUUUACUGGAUUAAAACAAACCAGCAGCUGAUUCGA